ACCCAGGGUUGGCAAUCGCGCUGCAGGGGGCGGGGCCGUGUUGAUGUCCUGCAGUCAAAAACCGACGUGGAUUUUUCUUUAAAAUAAAUAUAAUUAAAAAGAAAAAUGAAAUAAAGUUAAGCGACUGGUGAAUUGUUACUCUGGUUUAUUUACGGUAACGAGUGUAAUCGAGGACUUAUCAGCUGACCACACGGCUCCACUUUUAAAGGCACCAUGGGAAACACAAGCAGCGAGAGGUCAGGAGUGGGGCAGGGCGAGAAAGCCAGCCGCAGGGACAGCCGAGGUGCUAAAGAGGGAGACCGGCCCAAAAUCCUCAUGGACAGCCCUGAGGACGCGGACAUUUUCCAGGGAGAGGAUGUUAAGGCUCCCUUAGAGAAGGAGGAGUUUUUAGCCUGGAGGCAGGACCUCGAGUCUGCUGAUAAGGAGCUGUUGGCACGGCCGACAGUGUUUCGUUGGACCGGUGCCGGAAAAGAGGUCUAUCUCUCUGGAUCCUUCGACAACUGGGCAAAUAAGAUUCCUCUAACUAGAAGUCAGAAUAAUUUUGUCGCAAUCGUGGACUUGCCUGAAGGUGAACAUCAGUAUAAGUUCUACGUGGACGGACAGUGGACCCACGACCCAUCUGAGCCUGUAGUGACCAAUCAGCUGGGAACGAUCAACAACUUCAUCCAGGUGAAGAAAACUGAUUUUGAGGUGUUCGAUGCUCUCAUGGUGGACUCGCAGAAAUGCUCGGAUAUGUCAGAUCUCUCAAGCUCACCUCCUGGACCAUACCAUCAGGACGCUUACGUACCCAAACAGGACGAGAAGUUCAAGUCUCCACCCAUCCUCCCUCCUCACCUGCUGCAGGUCAUCCUCAAUAAGGACACAGGCAUCUCAUGUGACCCCGCGUUACUUCCGGAGCCCAAUCAUGUGAUGUUGAACCAUCUUUACGCUCUGUCCAUUAAGGAUGGAGUAAUGGUUCUUAGCGCCACACAUCGCUAUAAGAAGAAGUAUGUCACCACCCUGCUGUAUAAACCCAUCUGACCCCAGCAGCACCACCCUCUUCUCAUGAAUUCUACCACACCUGCCAAGUUUCUAUUCACUCCACUACUGAGAGCUAGUGUCUAGUGUAGGUGUUUUCCCCUCUCUGUUAUUUUGUUAAUAAGUAAUAUGUGGCACGGGUUGCCAAGAGCUAACCAUUUCAAUUUUUUUGCUGUCAAUAGAAUAUGUUCUACAUGAUAAAACAACCAGCUUUGGUAUCAAGAGACCAGUAAUGUAGACAGGUGGCAUGAAAGAGACCAAAAAAUAUAUGUAGGUUUAUAUAUUUCAAGUACUAUCAUAAAUAAGGAUUAAACACUUGGAUGUGUGCUGUAUGGUGCAGCUACUCAGUUACUGUUACAGUACGUCUCAAAGUGUUUUAUUCUUCUUAUACCACAGAGAUCACCAAAACGAUGACAUUAACUUAUUGAAGACUGACACAUCAUACUUUUUAUCCGUUUAUAGAUACAUUUUCAUGUUGGUGAAAACUCCUGAAUUUCAUAUAAAGUGCUGACACUGGAUUCUUUACACAUAAAUAACAGAAAUCUUUACAAUAUCAGCGUUUUUUAAGUUGGUUUCUGUGAACCGUACUCAGAGCUGCUGUUAUAAAAGAAAAUUUUAUCAGCACCUUCUGACCUACCCAGAAUUCAAUAGCGCUAUGGUAUCAUGUGAAAUCUCAGACUAAGGGAUAAAGGUGACUGAAUCAGUUCUCUGUGUGGGAUGUAUUUGCUGAGAUUUUGUUGAAUGUUUGCAAAACCAGGAAACAAAAAAGGGAGGAUAAAGUGUCUGAAAUGGGUUUUUUUUAUUUUUUAUUUAAUUAUAUUAUCUAUCACUAAAUACAGGUCGUGUGUCAAAAAUGUAGGUGUAUAAUUUAUACGUUUCAUUUAACCAUUUCUUUAGUAAAAGCUUUUUGUGGUUUAUAUUAUUAGGGAAUAAUGUUUUUUGUUCUUUCUCUUCCUGAUUUAUUUUGUAUUUUUAUAUAUGUGUUUUUAUUUUAUUUUAUUUUUUUUUUGAAUACCUGACUAAUGAUCCACAGCAGCAAUGUCUCACUCAAUUUAUUUGUGCAGCUUGAUUGCUGAAAUUUAACGUAUACUCUCAAAGGAAGAGGAUAAAAAUCAAUUGCCAAUAAAGCUUAUUUUUUAACACCCUUAGAUUUUUU